CUUUCAUCUGUCGUGUUUGAAAUGAAAACAUUGAGAACGGAGAAAUUUCUCUUCAAACAUCUUCUGUGCUGUUGGUAGUGUUCCACGGUUUCUGACGAUGGCAGGAUCUUCUGGACUUGGUGUUGAGGUGUUUGUAGACGCUCUGGACGAUGCGCCUUGGUGUCCGCACGGACCGACGCUACUGUUUGAACGGUUCUAUCAGGAGCGAGAAGCAAGGCGCUUCUUUGCAUGCUCGGCCCAUCGCAAGCGUAGCGGCUGCUCCUUCUUCCAAUGGGCAGAUGAAAAGGAAAGCUCCGCAAAGCGAGCGAUGCGCAUGGAAAUCUACCAGGCGUCGCGCACCGCAGAGGUUCCACACUCCACCCUCUACAGUGGCGUGAAAGCUGCACUGGAGAAGCCCACCAAGAUGGCAUCGGUGUGCGCCAACUGUGCAUGCACGGUCCCACAGAAGAAGGACCCGGCUCACAAGGGACACACUGUCGUGGAGAGCUUGCCACCUGCAGAUCUCCUUCGUCCGACUAAGUUUCUACCCGCAUUGGACGAUUCUAAAAGCAAUGCUCAAUACCUAUUCGCCGGAAAGGCAGUUAGCUGCAUCCUUGGUCAGCUUCACGGCCAAGGCAUCCGCCAUGUUGUCUGCAUCGGUGCGCCUCGCAUUCAUGAGGCGAUCACAUCUGCUCGCUUCUCCAAGCAAGCUCCUCUCAGCUCCAUGUCUAGUUUCUUGCUGGAUUGGGACCGGCGAUUUGCGUCUUUCUUCUCGCCAAGGGAACUUCAGCACUUCAACAUGUUCAACCACCAUUUCUUCAGUGGUGACACGGGUCUGGCGAGUCUGACGAAAUUUCUCGGCAAAGUGUCGAUGUCGGAAGUGGCUGUUGUAAUGGACCCGCCGUUUGGAGGACUUGCUCGGCCACUAGUGGCAUGCCUCGAAUGGCUGUAUGCCCUGGCUUUGGAACACUGUAAGGAUGCAGCAGAAAGCACAAAGGAAGCGCCACCUACGCUCAACAAAUCAGCCAGUUCUAAACGCCAGCUUGCCACUAUCUGGGUGUUUCCAUACUUCUUGGAGAGCCAAGUCGUGGAAACCAUGCCCAGCAUGAAGAUGAUGGAUUACAAGGUUGAUUACGACAACCAUCCCAUAUUCACCAGCAGUGGCAAAAAGAAAGCAGAGAAGCGCAAGUCGCCGGUCCGUCUUUUCACCAACAUCAAUGCCGGCUUGUUGGUGUUCCCUGCCGAGGAGGGCUACAGGCUCUGCAAACCAUGCCAGAAGUACGUUUCGGCUGAGAACCAGCAUUGCGGCAAGUGCCAUGCGUGCACAACAAAGCAUGGCCCCACAUACGUGCACUGUGAGGCGUGCAAAGCAUGUGUGAAACCAGGUCGCGUCCACUGUGUCACCUGCAAGCAGUGCUUGCCUGCGCAACACGACUGUACAGGAGGUGUCGCAGACUCGGAAGAAGGUUCCGCUGCCACCGCAAUGCCGGCAUGUCAUCGUUGCGGCAAGACUGGACACAAGCGUCGCCACUGUCCUGACGCUGACACGCAGUCAAGCAGACCCAGCGCAAAGAGAGUCAAGAAAUCAAAACGCUGACAUGUUAUGUUCAUGCUUUGGAAUCUAUCGCUGUGAGUUGAGGACCAGCAGCAUCAUGAGGCUCACGACCGGAUCUGCACCCCGUACUUAGUCGAGCAAUGGGACACCAACCCCUUGACUCAAUGCUGAUCAUUUCUGUAAGGUCAGCAAGUGCAACAACGUGUUACAAGUGAUCAUAGAAAGCCACUUGUUCAAUGACAUUGCGGCACACUAUGAGCUAACACUAUGCGUUGAGCAGGCGUUCCUGCCGUGAUGUCACACUGGUAGAGUGCUAUGGUCAUUUUGGGACAGCCUCACAGAGCUGGCACUCUGCUGUGGGCUUUGCGUUGUACCAAUGCCUCUGCUUCAUUGUCGCCAUGCGGACAAACAUGGCUUCUGCCAGUAUACUUCAGGUAUAUCUGCUAUUCAGUCAUGCCAGCGCUCUUUGUACUCGGCUCAUGGCUCUCGCCUGAAGCUGACGAGUUAAUUAAGCUACUAGUCAGUCUCUCCUUUCAGCCUCGCCCGAGCCCCAUGUCUUAUCGCAAUCACUAAGCAGUGAAUAGCAGCUUGGGACUGUGAAUGAAUGGUAUCUUGUCUUGCAGUUUUAAAAGUAGACAACACAUUUCGGUAUGUGGCUAUUUACCAUGCUACAGAUGCUAAGAAGAAAGUGCUAGUAAAUACAAACUGCUAAUCCUAGUAGUACUCUAGCGCAAUGACAGCAUUCUAUUGCUCGUAAAUUGUCUUUUCUGAGAAAUGAGCACUAGAAGUCUCCUAAUGUGACAUUGAAUAAUGUUCCUAAUCUUCACCAGGAAGCGUAUUGAUAUAUUAUUAUAGCGAUCAGGGUACGCAGGGCAACAAACAUUCUCUAAUCCCUACAGGAAAUUGUAACAAACUAGCAGAGUGCUUGGCUGUUCGAAGAAUCCUACAGCAAGUUAUUCAUUGCUCUGUGGCGGUGUGAUCUGUGUACACACAUUGCUAGUCUUUGAGAGAGAAAAAACAGAACAGAA